AUGGACCUGGAGAAGGCGUAUAGUAACGUUAUUAUUAACAAGCGUUUGCUACUUUUUGAUUUGUUUGGUGCUGGUACCGAAACCACCGUCCAUUCGAUUCGGUGGCUUUUACAACACUUGGCACGGUACCAAGAAGCCCAAAGUAAAGUACGUCGGGAACUCUUGAACGUUUUGCAAGAAAAACCUCCUAACAUGGACGAUUUAGCCAAAGGGGGGUACACGGAAGCAACAAUUGCGGAAACAGCCAGAAUUAGAAGUAUUGUUCCUCUAGGGUUUCCCCGCUAUGCCAGGAAAGAUUUUUGCGUCGAUAAUAUGAAAAUUAAAAAAGGUUCCUUAAUCACACCGUUGCAACGCGUUGCUUUGGGCGAUUCACAUGGAUCCCAAAAAAAACUCCGAGAUCAUGGUACCUUCAACUUCAAACUCACGAUCGUGGCCGUGAUAGGAUAG